GUCAGUCUGCCAAAUGACUCCAGCUGCGUUGAAGAGAUUUUGCGGGAGAUGACCCAUUCCUGGCCUCCUCCACUUACAGCAAUCCACACUCCUGGGAAAGCUGAGCAGACCAAGUUUCCCAUCCCAAACAAGGAGUCCCAGCAUGUUACCUCAGGCUACAACACCCAGAAGCGAUGUUCUGUACCAGCUAACAAGCCUGCUGCCAAACCUCCCACUGCGCCACAGAAGUCGAUGCUGGAGGACGACCUGAAGAUCAGCAGCGAUGAAGAGGAGGCUGAGCAGCAGGUCAGCUUUGUCAACAGUCCUACCCUUCCUUCUUCUCUUCUUCACUUGUCUUAUUCUUUUUUUAAACAAAUUAACACCUUGGUCUUAAACCUUACCCCCCCCACCUGAAAUUAGCACCCAUACCCGUGGGGACCUGGCUUUGGUCCCCACAAGGAACCACCCGUGGAAAAUGGUUCCCACGAUGUAACAAAAACGUUCCCAAAACCACUGGCAUGAUGCGUGGCAUACCUUUUUAACGCUCGACAAAAACAGUUAACCAAUGAGAGAUGAUGCUGGAGUAAAACUUUGGUGUGAGGUUUACGUCAGGUGAACCAGGAAGACAAAAAGUCAAGCAGGUUGGCGAUAAUAUUAGUAAAUAUUGCGAUGAUGAUAUCAGGUGCAAUGUCUUUUUUCUUCCAUUUCAUUACUUUCUAUUCUGUACGGUGUACUCUAUGUGACUUUUGGCAAUGUGUGUCUGCCGUGAGACUCUGUCCUACUAAAUAUAUUGUUAGCAUGAAAAAUAAAACUUCAAAACUUUUCAAAUACAUCAAUUAUUGCACUCCAAGCAAACCUUUGGGAUAUGACUAUUGCAUACACUGAUAUUGAGGGAUAUAAAUACCUCGGUGUUCAUCUGGACAACAGACUGGACUGGAGACUCAACAGUGAAGCAGUCUACAAGAAAGGUCAGA